AGAGCCAGCCCACGACGUCGGACGAGACUGUGGUGGCCGGUGGUACAGUGGUGCUCAAGUGCCAGGUGGAGGAUCCUGAUGACUCCUCACUGCAGUGGUCCAACCCUGCCCAGCAGACCCUCUACUUUGGGGAGAAGCGAGCCCUGCGAGAUAACAGGAUCCAGCUGGAGAGGUCCACACCCAACGAGCUGACCAUCAGUAUCAGUGAUGUGGUGCUGUCAGAUGAGGGGGAAUACACCUGCUCCAUCUUCACUAUGCCCGUGCGGACUGCGAAGGCCCUGGUCACCGUGCUGGGAAUCCCCCAGAAACCCCAAAUCUUUGGCCAUGAGCAGCCCAUUGAUGAGGAGAAGAUAGCCCGGCUGACCUGCCGGUCCUCUGGCAGCAAGCCUGCAGCCCAGCUCCGGUGGAAGAAGGGCAACAAGGAGCUGAAGGACGAAGGCACUGAGGUGGUGGAGGACCCCAACGGAAAGACCUUCACCGUGAGCAGUCGGGUGGAGUUCCGUGUCACCAAGGAGGACAACGAAGCCGAGGUGACCUGCACCGUGGACCACGAGUCCCUGCAGAACUCCGAGAGGUCGACCACGCAGAAGCUGCAGGUCCACUACAAGCCAACAGCGAAGAUCGAGCCUCAUCCCCAGUACCCACGGGAAGGCGAGAAACUCCAGCUGCAGUGUGACGGGCAGGGCAACCCCAUCCCCCAGGAGUUCCUGUGGGAGAAGGAGGGCAGCGAUGCGCCCCUGCAGCUGAGCUCUGACAGCGUCCUCAUCUUCCCCUUCCUCAACAAGAGUGACAGUGGCACCUACGUCUGCACAGCCACCAGCUCCAUGGGCAGCGUCGUGGCCAAGUACAACCUCGACGUCAGCGAUGCCAGCCCGGUGCCCUCGACCUCCAGCACAUACCAUGCGGUGAUCGGCGGGGUGGUUGCCGUCAUUGUCUUCCUCCUGCUCAGUCUUCUCAUCGUGUUGGGACACUACCUGAUCAGACACAAAGGUACCUACCUGACUCAUGAGGCCAAGGGGUCGGAUGAUGCCCCAGAUGCCGACACGGCCAUCAUAAAUGCAGAGGGCGGCCAAGCUGGCAGCGACGACAAGAAGGAGUAUUUCAUCUAGGGGCGUCGAAGAGAGUGAGAAAUGGAGCCAACAGACCCCGAUGGCAAUGGAAACCAGACCACAAACCCCACUCAACCCAACAGAUUUUCUCGCACGCCCGGCAUGGGCAGACAGACGGACAGAGGGAUGGCGGGGCAGAGAGCAGAGAGCGACCGGCCUGAGACAUGAUGCUUCUUCUUGAACUUGUACAAAACGUUAUUACUAUGAACAGCGAAAGCCCCGGCCCCGUUUGCUUGCUUGCACCUCCAUCCCUGCGACGGGCGCUCGCACAAAACACAGACCAACCAGUGAGUGAGCGACUUUCCUUCUUCCUUUGGACCUUUGCUUUGGUUUCGUGGCUGCUCUUUGCUUUGGGCCCUUGGUUGGGAUGUUGGGCUGGGGUCGAUGUAGCUCUUUCCUUUGUUUCUCUCCAUUUUGGUUUCUUUGACAUCCAAGGAUAAAAUCAGCUCCAGGCUCUGG